AUGACCAUUACGAAGGAGCCCUACUUUGGGCUCACUGGAGGAUGGCUUACCUUUUGGCUCACGUUGGCUUGUGCUACAGACAUGAUGUUGUUUGGAUACGACCAAGGCGUUUUUAGUGGUGUUGUCGUCACUCGCGACUUCCUCGAAGUCCACGACCUAGUCGGCCCUACUAAGACCACUGUUCUCUCAACCGUUGCUGCCAUCUAUGAUAUUGGGUGUUUCUUCGGAGCCAUACUCGCUUUCACAGUAGGCGAGAGACUUGGUCGCAAGAAGUCCAUUCUUUUGGGAACUAUCAUCAUGGCCGUUGGUACAGUCCUCCAGGCAUCUUCUUACAGCCUACCUCAAAUGUUUGUCGGUCGUAUUGUGUUAGGCCUCGGCAAUGGAAUCAACACGGCGACGGCUCCAAUCUGGCAAACGGAAACGGCGCAGGCAAAAUGGAGAGGAAAACUAGUCAUUCUGGAUCUUGGACUGAACGUUGGCGGCUAUUGUAUUGUCAACUGGAUCAACUAUGGCCUUUCCUUUCGCGGAGGUGCUAUUGCGUGGCGGUUGCCAAUCUCUCUACAGCUCAUUUUUGUUGCCGUAUUGCUUACAACGAUUCCUUGGCUUCCGGAAUCACCAAGAUGGCUGAUGACACAAGGGCGGGAAACGGAGGCAUUGGAAGUUCUUGCUUGUGUUGAAGCGAGAACCACAGACGACCCGCUUAUCAUAACCCAACGUGACGAGAUCAAGUUUAGCAUCACCUAUGAGAGCCAAAAUGCCGUUAGCUGGUACGAGCUGCUGCGUCCAAGCAAAAGUGACAAUACCACCAAAACUCUCCGUCGAUUACUUCUCGGUGCUGGAACACAAGCCAUGCAGCAAUUCCAAGGCAUCAAUAUCAUGAGUUACUAUCUUCCUUUGGUCCUUAUGAACUCGGUUGGACUUUCAGACAAAAUGGCCAGACUGCUCACGGCUUGCAAUGCAACAUCAUACUUCAUUUUCUCGUGCGCUGCUGCUUCAAUUGUGGAGAAAGUUGGCCGUCGAGGAUUGAUGAUGCUUUCUGGCUUUGGCCAAUUCGUAUCUUUCCUAAUCAUCACCAUUCUGUUAUACCUGGCCGAGAAGGAUCCCGUGUACGCCACCGCCUCUGUUGCCUUUUUCUUCCUUUUCCAUGUGGCUUUUGGAAUGGGUAUGCUGGGAGUUCCAUGGCUAUACCCGACCGAGAUAAACUCGUUGCCCAUGAGGACAAAGGGCGUGGCCGUCUCGACAGCGACAAACUGGAUCACUAAUUUUGCCAUUGUCGAAAUCACUCCUAUUGGCAUCCAAAGCAUUGGCUGGAAAUUCUGGAUUGUGUGGACCGUUCUCAACGCUUUAUUCCUGCCCGUGAUUUAUUUCUUCUACCCUGAGACAGCGAACCGAACAUUGGAGGAUAUGGACGCAUACUAUCGAUCCAACCCUCCACUCAUCGUAGUUGGUGAUGCGGACGCUAUUUCGACCAAGCGACCACUUCAGUUCGUCUAUCACGAGGACGAGGAGGUACAAAAACAUGAGAAAGAAGCUAUCUCCGGUGACAGUGGCUUUGCGGAGCAUGUUAAUUAA